UAGCAGGGGAGGGCAGGCAGAGAAAAGGCGAGAGAGAAAGCGGCUGGCCUUUGUAGUCGGCCGAGGAAUGCGGAAACGUCCCUGCUCUGUGUCAAACUCCUCCGGAGGGGGUCGAGGCAACAUUCAGCACAGCGUGGGAAAGCGACGGGCAGAGCGAGCUCACCGAGCAGCUCAGCGCACCAAACUCUCUCCGCUUAGAUGGGAAAAACGCGUAGUUGGGGGAAAACGGACGGACGGUAGCCUAGCCGAACUGAGGAUAUAAGCAGUUCUGCUUGCACGCUCACUGAGGGCUUGGGGGAAGAAACGAAAAAGCAAGUCGCUGAGUUGAGCUCGGUGUGCCGGAGUGGCGCAGGCGCUGGCGCAGGGAGGAUGGGGGGUUAAAGCGCUGCAGCCGCCGACUACCUGUGUGGCCUCGCUGGGACAGUCCGGGAUGUAGAAGGGGGGAGAGAAUAAAAAACCCCACUCCUGCUGCUUCUUUCUCGCAGUUUUUUCCCCCUUUUAAUAAACGCUAACGCUUGUAGCGUGAUUUACAUUUCAGUGAGAAACUAAAAGGGGCAAGGCACGUGCAGAAGCGGUGCUGACUCUCCCGGUCAUGGCUUCGUGAAAGAGCCUUUCCGGGCACGUUUUCGGCAUUCCCCGGGGUCGGGCUGCAUCCGAGCACAGAGACGCGCGUGCCAGAAAGGCAAGUAGAUAGCGAAAAAAAAGGAUGGACAAAGAAGCUCUAAAUCAGCGGUAUGAGCCCGUGGCUGAGAUCGGCGAGGGCGCGUACGGGAAGGUGUACAAGGCGCGCGACCUGAAGAACGGACGCUUCGUGGCGCUGAAACGGGUGCGCGUGCAGACCGAGGAGGAGGGCAUGCCCCUAUCCACUAUCCGCGAGGUGGCAGUACUGAGGCAGCUCGAGUCUUUCGAGCACCCCAACGUUGUCAGGUUGUUUGAUGUCUGUACAGUUUCUAGAACUGAUCGGGAGACCAAACUGACUCUGGUCUUUGAGCAUGUGGACCAAGACUUGACCACAUACCUAGAAAAAGCGCCUGAUCCAGGAGUGCCACCCGAAACCAUAAAGGAUAUGAUGUACCAGUUGCUGCAGGGGUUGGACUUCCUUCAUUCACACCGUGUGGUUCACAGAGACCUGAAGCCUCAGAAUAUUCUGGUCACCAGUGGAGGACAGAUCAAACUGGCAGACUUUGGCCUGGCACGCAUAUACAGUUUUCAGAUGGCGCUUACAUCAGUGGUGGUCACUCUUUGGUAUCGAGCUCCAGAAGUGCUCCUGCAGUCGAGCUAUGCGACCCCAGUGGAUCUGUGGAGUGUGGGCUGCAUCUUUGCUGAGAUGUUCAGAAGAAGACCGCUUUUCCGUGGGAAUUCUGAUGUUGACCAGUUGGGCAAGAUUUUUGAUGUGGUUGGAGUCCCUCCACCUGAAGACUGGCCCCAGGAAGUGGGUUUGCCUCAGAGUGCCUUUCCCCCUCGCCCCCCUCAGCCUCUAGAAGACCUGGUGCCUGAUAUGGAUGAGCUUGGAAAAUCACUUCUACUUAAAUUUCUGUCGUUCAACCCAGGCCGAAGGAUAUCGGCUUAUGAUGCCCUGUCUCACGCAUACUUUCAGAGCCUGGACAGCACCAGCAAGAGUCUCUAUGCCCAACCCUUCCCGAGCAAAAAGCCCUCCCUGGAGGAGAGAGCUGCUUGAAAAACUUUCCUUAUUUUUAUAGACUCACUGGCACAAGCCCCUUUUUGAACUUGUCUUCCAUCGCCGCAUUACAUGCUGCUUUUAGGCCUCGUUGAAGUAUUACCGCAAUUUUUGGUUGAUGCAUUUUCACUGCAGCAGGUAACAUCAAUAUCACUGCCUGCGACACUUUUCACAAAAAAAAAACAAAAAAAAAACAUCAAAAGCUGCUUUCCUGCCUGCCUGUCUUCCUUAGCAGGAAGUCCCUCUGCUCAGAGGAAACUCCACUGCCAGAUAUCUGAUACAGAGGCUGCUACACCAUGUUGCCAGGGAUCACUCUGUCUUGACGAAUGCCAUAAAAAUAUAACUGCCAGGACUUAGCUAAUUCUUAGCUAAUAAUUCACACUGCUCUAAAUCAGCAAGUUCACUGCCUGUGACUGACUCAAUAUCAUAUUUGAAUCCUGAAAAACCAUAUAGGUUUCACUGCUAAUGUGGGUCUGUUGAACAGAACCACACUCUAUAAGAUGCAGUUGCACACACACACACACACACACACACACACACACACACACACACACUCUUUUGCUCAUGCUCUAAAAGUGCCCAGAGUCAAGCAUUUCGGUAAAUUAUCUGUCGGUAUAUCCCCCAAGGCUGGUCUUUGUGGACCUUGACAGCACAUUUCAAUUCAGUGCCUUACGGAGAAUGAGAAAUCACACAACUACGGUUUAAGCCCUCACACUUUCGAGGCCUUGAUGACGCUUUAUUAAUCCAGCAGACACCCAACACUUCAGGCUGGUUUUCUGGACACAGACUAAAGUCUGGUUUAUGCUUCAUCAUAAACAUUUUAUAGAAUUUCUGAAAACGAGGUAGUAAACACGAAGUAGUGAUGACAUAGAUGAAGACAUUGAAGUUCUUAGUGUGAGCUCAUCUGUGGAACAUGAUAUUGAACCGCACCAUCUCAGCAGUGUUGGGUAAGAUAUUUUUUCAAAAUACAGUUAUUUGUAACACAAGCUAUUUUACAUAAAAAUUCUAAACACUGAUUGCAUAGAAACAGUUUUUUUCUCCAAGACCAUUUUAUGUAAAUGUGGUUUACAGAAAGUGGUGUUGCAUCAGGUAGCAUCCUGCUUCACUGCUCCAUGGCUUGAUAAUGAGCUUCACAUAUUUAUGUGGGUUUCCUGCAGGUACAAAGGCUUCAUCAGACCUCCUAACAACAUGCCAGUCACCUGAUUGGGUACUUUAAAUUGGUGUAAAUGCAAAUGUUUUUGGUGCAUUUCCACUUUGCUCCCAGUGGAACCUUUACAGCCCUAACCAGGAUAAAGCAGUUGUUGAAAAUGAAUGAAUGAAUCAUGUCCAUAACUCAACUUAUUUAAAAUAUAUUUUCUAAAAGCAACAUCAAGAAAAUUAAACAUUUUUGGCUGUUAUUAAUAGUGUUUGGCUAAAAGAGUUGAACUCUCGACAAGCUCACUGACAUGUUCCCAACUUGCUGCUGGGAAAUGUAGUUAACUAAUAGUCCGGAUUAUCGGACUUUCAGUCCGGAUUAUCUUCAAAAAUUGUCACUGGGUUGAAGCUGCCACCAGUUCCCACAGCUUUCCUACUGCUAGUCAAUAGAAGCACAACUGGGUGGCCCAGUUGGACAUUCAGUUUUGAAGCGAAACUUUUCCAAAUUGUGUUGCACCCCUCCCUCCUCUCUGAAUAGUUUUUCUGAUCUCUGGAUAGAAGCAUAAACCAGUCUUGACCAGUGUAAAUUAGUGUCUGGAAACCUGGCUCUUACACUUCUAAUAAUAUAGCAACACAUUAUAGUCUAUAUCUACACAAAUUGUUCUUUCUACACUGUUCAAUUAUUUUUAAUAUCAGUGUUGAUUGUUGAUGACUUAUUGGGGUAAAGUCUUAAUUUUAGUUGACUUGAAGGUGUAGGGACUUGUAUGUAUGACUUGUAUAUUAUACAGUAUGUAUGCACCCUGUUGUUGUAUAAAUGGAGUAGUAACUCCUUAUGUAGUUUGAGGGCUAACCCUCACUGGGUAGGAUUUUACAGUUGAAAUGAUUUGUUAUAAGAGCAAGAAGAAACGAAACUGGCAGGUGAUUUGAAAAAAAAUAAUUGUAGUGCAUAAUGCUUGAGCAAGUAGAAAAUGUCUAGCUUUAGAGACAAUGAAUGAGGCGUGAAAGGGUCGUUUUGAGAGAUUAAGAGUGUUUGCAGAGGUUGACGAAGGGUUAUGUAAUAACUGUGUUUUUUUGCAGAAAUUCAGGACUUGUACAUUAAGUUUGAACUUCCAUUUCAUCCUUCCAUUUUCCAAUUCACUCAAGUCUGGAUUGAUGAUAGCCAGGUAGCUCAUAGACGUAUCCAGCUUUUUGUCUGGCUCUUCAGAUGAGUCAGAGAGGGGAAGGAAAAGAAGAAGGAAGAAUGCUGCUUUAGAAAUGUAGGAUGUGGCCCAGGAGCUUGGUCCAAGAUGAGGCUAAACAGAAGAGAACAACACCCAUAUACUGUGUCGUAGGCCUUUAUCCACAGGUUCAUCCAUAUAAGCACUGGUGCUUCCUUCAUACACUCAGGAUCUCAGUAGACUCAUUGGUUCCUACUUAUUAGAUAGCUCUGAUUUUACAGGUGAUCUGUGAUGGACUUUUUUCCUUUCAUAGUAAAGAAGAAUUUCUGAUCAAUAUAACUCACUCUACCACACACACUCAGGUCUAUUUAUGGUUGUUUAUGCAUAGAUUCAACAGGUUUCAUAUCUGUUUCAGUUUAAUCUUGUUUUAACAUUAGUGCAUAGUAAAUUAAGUCUGCAAACUAGUCACUGUAUUAAUUCCAAAAUAGCAUAGUACAAUAAAUGUUGCUUUCAGACUAUUUAUGGCUAUAUUUACACACGUUCAUCGGGUUACUGGUAUCAGCAGACAUUAUAACAAUUAACACUGUUACAGUCUGGACUUUUACAUUUAUGAAGGUUUUGAAUCAUUAAUGUCUUUUAGUCUAGAAAACUGGACUUGUGUUUAAAUCGUGAAGACAUUUCACCACUCAUCUGUAGUACAGCAUAAUGAACACGGUCCAGCAUAAUGAGGAAUUUCCAGAAUUGUAUGUUAAGUGAGUAAAUUAACCACUUAGAUGAACAGGAGAACAAAUUCCUCAGGGCAGGACCAAGCCAUCAACCUAUACCUGAAAGACAGGCAACAUUCACAUCAAUUCACACUUACAGAUGCAAGUGUUAGCCCAGUGACAGUAGCCUCAUGACAUCCAGGUGUAAGAUAGUUGGAAAUUUCCAGCUAUUUAGCAGAGCUGAUGAAGUCUUCAUGAUUGAAACUCAAGUCCAUAGAGGACUACAAGACAUUCUGGACACGUAUAUGUGUGGCGAUCUGGGGGAAAAAAACCUGUGAGAUAUCUCAGUGGCUGAACUCUGAAAAACAGCCCAAAUGGGGAAAACAAAACAAAAAAAACAUCAACAAAAACAAAAAAACAAGGUUUUGACCAAAAUUGGGGUUUUCUGUCUCUAACAUACAUUAAGACUAGAAAUUUAACAAAUCAUAAAUAUAUUUCACAAAAACAAUGUUUUUAUGUUUUUAUUUUCUUUUGGGUAAGGAGCAAGUUUAAGAAAAGAGAUCUGUCUAAAGAUAAACGUCUGCCAAAACCUUGCUAACUAAGUAUGAUUUUCUUAGACAGUGAAUGUUAUGUUGAAUAGUUACAUACUGUAGUGAAAUGCAUAUAAGCAUACAAUCCAAUCAGUUUUUACAUUUACAUUUACAUUUAUUCACUUAGCAGACGCUUUUAUCCAAAGCGACUUACAAAUGAGAAAGAUACAAGUAAAUCAGACACUGACUGUCAAAAUGUCCCUGAUGCUCCUGCACUCCAAUAGAGUCGUAAUGACAAGGGUUUUCCCAAGCUGCCACACAUACAGAUUUAUAAUAAAACAUGGAGACAGUUUUGUCUUUUUUUGGGGGGGUUGCUGUUGCUUCUGACACUUUACCGCUAACAUUCCUUCCAGUUUUUUUCCAUGUGUUGUUAAAAACUCUUCUCUUUUGGGCAGUUCCUCAACAUGACUGUUGGUUCAGACAUAGCAUGUUCUUUCCCUCUCCCAAAAUGAGGAGCAAAUGAGGAUUGUUGUUAUUUUAGUGGGCAUUAGAUGUCAAAAAGUACAAAUAUUUACACAAGAAAGUGAUAAUUGUACUCAUUUGAUUACAGCAUUCAUUCCGCACUAAGCCUUUUCUGUCUCACAUAAAGUCACAAUGGCUUGGAAUUAAAGCUGAGUUCAAGGCUAAAACUUUGGAAUGUUAAACUAAGAUAGUAACAAACUAAGAUGUGACAUUUGUCACAAAUAGCACCUUGAAAAUCACCCAUCGCACCAUAUUUGUGAAACAUUAAAAUGGAGUUUCCUCUAUAUUUCUCAUUUGCUCUAUAUUUUCUCAAGAUCAAUACACGAGGGUGACAUAAACAAUGAAUUGAACUAUUUUUCUUUAGUGUUUUCUUUACUUUAAUUUGGAAUUGAAAUAUAAUCAGUUGAGUUUUAUUUAAUCAGUUAUCAAUUUUACAUUUUUUAUUGUAUUUGCUGGAUAGUGGUACUUUGCUUUUGUUUUUAUUUCUUAUCUUCCUUAUAUUUUGUCUCCACUUUAUUUUUUAUGAUUUUUUUUUAUUUAUUGCAUUUUAAUAGAAAUACAUUGAAAAGAUUGUUGUGUGAGAAUGAAACCUGCCUAUUUAGCUGGUAAUGCAUUGAUGGUGCUAUGAUAUAAGAAUUUCCUAAACUUGAAAUGGAAUCACUAUCAAUAUGGGGCAAAUUUGUGUUUAGAGAACCGCAACAGGGAACAUUCAAGAUUUCAAUAUUGCUUUUCCAUUUUUGUUUUUAUUUUCAACAUACAUUUCCCAUAUAAAACAAAUUCAAUUAGGGCCCUCAUGACAUAUAUACGACAUAUAUUAGACUUGAAUUACUUUAUAAUAAAUGGUAAUCCUGCUGAUUCCACAUAAUUUGCCUUAAAUGCUACAAAUAACCAAGGAACAGACUCACUGUGCAGAUCAAAUCUGUACUUCUACUGAAUUCCCCAAUUUUCUGAAAAUGGAAUAACUGCCUUGUUUCAAGCUGUAUCCAGGACAAAAUUAACUAUUAUUGGUCUUUUUUUUUUCUUUUUCAUUUUAGUGUCCACCACACAUAUGGAUUUCAUUGUACCUUGUAUUUCACUGGAAAAUUAAGAACUAUUUCAAGUUGUUUGUGAGAUAUUUUAUCUUUCUUGAUUUUCCAUGUCUUUAACCUAAUAACAAAACAAAACAAAACAAAAAAAAAUAGGCUGUUGUUUGCAUUUAUAUUAUACUUUGUGGAUCUGUGUAAUCUUUACCUAAUUGAUCAUUCUGAUAUUUACUGAUUUGUUUUGUUGCUUAUCUUUCUGCUUAGCAGCAUUUUAACCAUACACAGCAACCAGAAGUAGGUUUUGUUCAUUGAUGUGUUUUUGUGAGUAGGUGUCAGGAUGUUUGUUCUGAAAGCUGGUGUGUGGAUUUCUGAUCUACAUUGUUUAUUUCAGUUACUGUUCUUGGCACUUACCAGUUCCUGAAAUGGUACUCAUAACACGUGGUUUAUAACACAUGCAUAGAAGCAUCGAAAUGUUACAGAUUUCUUUUUCUUUUUUCCAAUUGAUUUUUAGGCCUUUUUUUCGGUAUGGAAGUGAUUACUUGUAUUAUUCAUAAUCAACUUUCAUUUUUGAGAAACUGAGGUAUUUGGCAGCUUUUCAUGGACUUAAUAUGACAAAUGAAUAUCAACAACAACUACAGCAGAUUUCUAUAAUCAGUACCUAAUGUAAAUCAAUAUUAUAACCAUAAAAAUCGCUACUGUCAGUGGAUUUAGACGUUAUCAUUUGAGCUUUUGUUUACUUUUACCACUGAGUCAGAAUCACAAAAAAAUACCUGAAUUCAUUUUCCUUUGCUGCUUCAGUUUAAAGCUUUGAAUGAGAAUAUAUCCAAGAUUUCCUUUGAACCAGAUUAAAGUGAGAGUAUCAUUACUGGCCAUGGCUCUUUUUACCAUUUUAAUUUUAUCCUUAUUUUACACCCCCACCCUUGUUUCGUGCAUAAAUUAUUUAUACAUAAGAUUUUGUAUUUGUCUUAUUGUUUGUUUGUUUGCUGCUAAUUUUUCACAGCUUGGCACAAAUACAUGAUGAAAAGUACCCGCCUAAAUUUCAUGACAUUGAUCAAUAAAGCUGCUUAUGCUCA